AUGCCUACCAACAAUGUAGACGCUCUUCUAGCGACCGACGUCCCUGAUCCUAGCGAUUUCCCCCCUCCAUCAGCUUUGCCGGGUCUGCGACAGCUUGACACAACUUAUCGAUGUGCAAUUUGUGGGGAGUUAUAUGAUGCCCCCAUCACUCUUUUGUGUGGUCAUUGUUUUUGCUCGCUGCACAUUACCAAGGAGGAGGAAUGUCCGACGUGCCGCAAGGCUGCAAAUGAAGGACACUUUAGAACCAAUAUCACUGUGGAGGAGAUGCUUGCAAGAGAACAUCAAGCACGUAUAUCUCGCUCGAAAUCGAACCGUGCCAUGAACCAGACCCCAACCAAGCGCACAACUCCAGCACCAAAAUCGAGAAAGCGGAGACAGAGGUCAAACUCGGACGGGAGCUCGUCCACAGACAUUGUUUGUGUUGCGGGACCCUCUUUCAAUGAUACGAAUAGAUCCAGCGAAGCACUUGACUCUUCUCCAUCACCCACAAAGCAUGUAAAGAAGAAGGUCAAAAGUAGGGCUCGUUCGGAAUUGCGUCUCGAACCGUCAUCAGACCCUAGAGAAGAGGAACUGGACACUGAUUCAGCCGUUUCCAAAGUGAAGUGCCCCGUGUGUAGGAAACAAGUCGAUUUCAACGCUAUCAAUAAAAGGACAAUGGUCCAAAAUACUUGGUGGAGGAAACAACAACAAGGGCAAGGGCAGGGAGAAGAACGGGCGAACGAGAAUGCAGAUAGGCUUCCGAAAGUGACAUACCACGUUAUCAAAGACAAGGCUCUAAAGGAAUUACUGGUGGAAAACAAGUUACCUACCAGUGGUGACAGAGUUACCUGGAUUGCGAGACAUGAGAGAUGGGUCAUGAUAUACAACGCCAACCUUGACAAAUCCGAGAAAAGCCGGAAGACUCUAUCAGAACUUCGGGUAGAGUUGAAGAAAUGGGAAGACAAUAUGAAAGGCAGAAAAGCUGUAGUCGAUGAUACUGAAGCUUAUCAAGCACAAAACAAGGACGAAUUCGCACGUUUGACAGAGCAAGCCAGGAAGUCUAAAAAUCCAAAGCCAAAAGCUGUAUCGCCUGUACAGGAAUCCGGAAGUGAAAACAGCGAGACUGUGCUCGUGUUGGACUCCGAAGAAGAGGAAGCCCUCAAGAUAUAA